AUGUCUGAGGAGCUUCUCCUCAUAUACGGGAAGAAGCUAAACGUCGAUGAUAUGGAUACCCAGAUGGAAGUUUUCUUUUUCGUUCCAAAUUUUAUUUCAAACGCAGCAAAUUUGGGAUGGUUUUUAGAAAAUCUCCAUUCGUUCAAACAUCAAUAUACUAGAGAAGUCUCCUUGGGCUAUAUAACACACUUUAUUCACGGAUCUUGGAAUAUGAUUAAUCCUAAUUUACAUGAUGAUAUAAUCGCUGAAUUUUUCAUUAAAAUCUUUGAAGAUCCAAAUUUCAUGCAGCCUAGCUUUCUCACAAAGACAUAUGACACUCAAGCAGACCUAGUACAUCAAUUUUACCCAGAAAUUCUUCCGAAUAUAUUUAAUGAAAUCGUUAAAUCACCUAAAAAUCAUUUAUAUGGAUUUCUAUCGGCAUGGAAAUACUCGCUAUACUCAAAUUCAUCCGUUUUUGUUCGAAAUAACGAUGCAAUUUUACAAAAAAUGUUGGAAGAUGGAUCCCAAAUGUUACUAGUUGAAACAGUUAUCAAAGAUCUUGAAUCAGGUAUUGAUGGAUCUUCGAAAGCUUUUUCAACACUCGUUGAAUGGAUUGAUUCUUCAGUUUUAGGUUGCCUGUCAAUAUUAGGUGAUAUCAUGGCCUUGUUCCAAAUACCAGAAGCUACAGAUUCAGCUAUAAUGUCAUUGACAAAUUACAUGAAAAGACCAGAUUCUCUAGAUGCAAUCGUAGAUUUCGUAAAUUCAUCACAAAUUGCGACAAUUCUUGGAGAAAUACUUACGUCAGAUUGCUCAGAACUCAAAAUGAUGCAUAUCUGCGAACUUAUUAACGUAAUGGUUACUCCUAUCGUAGAAACAGACGAAGCAGAGCAAUUUUUGGAAAUAGCUAAACUUUUAUUUCUCCAAAAUGUCAAAAUUUCCAAUUUGAUUACGGAUUUUAUCCGUUUAUUUGCAAAAUCUCAUCCGGAUUACGUCGACGUGAUAGCGAAUGCAACAUUGGAGAAGUUAUUAGAGAUCAUACAAAGCGACAGACCAGAUAAAGACCUUGAAAUGCAGUCUCCUUUGAAACUUUUGAAGUCUUUAUCAUUAACUACAUCAAAUCUACAGCAAGAGUUCAUAACUCUCUCGAGUGGAAUAUCACCAUCCGAAAAUAUUGAUGGAUGCGCCGCACUUCUUGCUUGUUUGACGGAUAUUGUUCCAAAUGAACCCGAAAUCGUGGCAAUGUUCAAUGGUUUGUUAGAAAUUGAAUCGAAUAUAGAAUCACCAUAUGUCAUCGCUUUAGGAUGCUAUGCGAAAAUGGCGAUUCCUUUCAUAAGAAAACCAGAGAACAUUGAUUUUACGUUACAGCUGUUCGAGAAGUGCGCGCAAACUGUAAUAAUGCUUGAAGAAGCCAAUGCUACGCACAUUGACGACUAUUUAUUUAAGGUAAUUUCAAUAGUUUGCAAAUUAUACCCUCAAGGUGUUUUUAACAUCGAGAACUUUGAACAAAUUAUCUUUGCUUUUGUUAUAUCAGGUCGUGCAGUUCUUUUAGAUGCUGCAAGAUCUGUUUCUAAUCAACUUCCUCCAGAUUCAAGAGUAAUUGUUUUUUCUGCAUGCGCAAACCACUUCGCUGAGAUAUUCUCUGAUCUCACAAAGCUCCAAAAUGACAGUAUAACCCCGAUUUUUGACUUCAUUGCUGGUAUGAAUUUGUCAGAUUGCGACCAAUCGGUCUACAAAUUACUUGCCAACUUUAUUUCGGCGGUAAAAGAGAUUCCUGACCAGAACAAGCUUUAUCUCUCCUCAUACGCUAAAGCUGCCGUUCAUGUUUUAGGAACAGAUGGUUUUCCUCUUUUCUGGGACAUGCUUGGUAUGAUUGACUGGGAAGUUUUUGCAUCUAUUGCUGAUGCGGCAGUCUCGUUGUCCAACCAGGAUGAUAUAAAAACAAUUGGACAUUUGAUCAUCUCAAAAUUAACAACAGUUCCAACAGGUAAUGAAUCACCAAUCCACAGCUCAGACAACCAGGAUAUGUACAAGCAGUUCCAUAUUUCUGCAUCUCUUUUCUUUAUAAAAAGUAAUUGUUUCCACUUACUCGAAGAAGACGAUCAGAAGGCAAUAAUAUGUCUUUUCUCAGAUGUUGUUUCGAGAUAUGUCGCCGAUUACUCCGUAAUCUCCGAAAUUAUUACUUUUGAAAAUUCCAUUUUAACUCCAGAGAACUACGAUUUAAUGGUUGUUUCAUCAGCAACUGUUGCUCGUAUCAUAUCACCUGAACCGAAGGAAGCAGACGAAAGAGAAAUGGCCGCAGACCUUCUCAGAAAGUAUUUUGCAUUUUCAAGGCAUUUGGCAUUGAUUGACAGACAGUUGUUUGUUGAUGGAGCAUCUGGUGCAUGCCAGGGAUCAUCUAGUUGCCAGCCAAAGAGACAGGAAUACGCAGAAAUAGCUUGUAUCGAAGAUGAAAACGAGUUCAACACAAGAGUUGAACAAUUUAUUAGCGAAGCAAUGGAAACAUUUGUUUUAGGUCUUGAAGAGGAACAAGAACCUGAAAUUGCGGAAUAG